UGAGAAAAGUUAAUAUCGUACGAUUUGGAAUAAAUUCUACGUUAUGAGAUCUGAAUUAGAUACGCGCGCGUUGUCACGUUCACGCGUCACGUAACGUCUUGAUCUUCGGGUUAAAACGACGGUCGUGGAACACGUCCAUGACCCUGAAGUCCAGUGACAGUGCAUGUCGUCUGACCUUGGCACGGCGUUCUCCAGGUUCGCCACGAGCAACGUCUGGUUGUGGUGAUAAUAGUGGUGGUGCUAGUGGUGGUGAUAGUGAUAAUGGUAGUCGGUACUAUGUCGGCGUUCCGUCGUGUUACAGCUGAUCAUCAUCAUUAUCAUUGUCUUCGUCAUCAUCAUCAUCAUCAUCAAUAUCAUUGUCAUAAUCGUUGUUAUUAUCAUUAUCAUCAUCCGACGAGAACCACCGGCCAAGUUGGUUUCGAUUUAUUAAUUCAGACAAGACAACGUGGAUUAAUAGAACGAGAAAGGAAAAUGGAAGAGGAGAUGUAAGUCUAUUUUUGCGCCUGAAGUGUAAGAAGUGUUAAGUGUCUUCGAAUUGGACGUGUCCGACAAAAGCUAAUUGAUUGGUGCUGAUCGAAAAGGAUCGAAAGAUCAUCGGAUCGGAUCGGAUCGGAUCGGAUCGAAACGAAUCGUUCCAUCAUCCUUUGGUCAUCGAGAAAAAGGGAAACGUUUUUUCCUUGAGAAUUUUCUUCGUGAAUGUCCCUUCGUAAGUGAUCCAUAAUCGAAUUUAGAUUGGACAAGAUGACGCAUCAUCGAUUGAUGUUAAUUAAUUACGUCGUACGGUGAUUUAUUUUCCUACGAGAAUAUACAAUAUAUUAACGGGGAUAUUAUAUUCGGGAUCAUGAAGAGAAAAAGAUAUAACUCGAAGAGAUAUUUCGAUAUAUAACUGUUAACAUUGUCCUGUAUGAAAAUAAUGGAGGAAUCGUCGCCGAGGAUUCGUCCUUACUUGGACUGGGACAACGAAGAUAAAUACUCGGUGGCGAACAGCCAAGCUCCUUUACAAGGUGGCGAGGAUGAUCAUCCAGAGCGUGGCACCUGGACAGGGAAAUUUGAUUUUCUUUUAUCUCUAUUGGGAUAUAGCGUUGGUCUUGGCAACGUUUGGCGAUUUCCCUAUCUUUGUUAUUCCAAUGGUGGUGGAGCCUUCUUAAUACCGUUCACGGUUAUGUUGAUCAUCGCUGGAUUGCCACUAAUGUUUAUGGAACUUUCCUUGGGUCAGUACGCUAGUCUUGGACCAGUAGCGGCUUACAAAAGAUUCUGCCCUCUACUUCGUGGCUUGGGCUAUGGGAUGGUACUCGUUAGCUCCGUCGUGAUGCUCUAUUACAAUUUGAUCAUUGCCUGGACACUAUAUUAUAUUUUUGCCUCGGUCGUUGGCGCCGGCGAAUUACCAUGGGCUAAAUGUGAGGAACCAUGGAGUACCGAGGAUUGUUACAUGCCCGAUGUAGCUGAGGCCUGUUUUUCUCAAGAUUAUUUUUAUUACAAAAGAAGAUGCUAUAAUACAACGCAAAUGGCUUCGAUGGGAUUGACCAUUGAGAAUAUUACCAAUGCCAUUAGGAGACCACCUGCUGAGGAAUAUUUCACCAAUCACGUUCUGGGAAUGAGCAGUGGCAUCGAAGAAACUGGCUCGAUUCGUCCAUCAAUGGCGACAAGUCUUUUCCUAGCCUGGGUUAUCGUAUUUCUCUGUUUGAGUAAAGGCGUUCAAAGCUCGGGAAAAGUCGUUUAUUUCACUGCGCUAUUUCCUUACGUCGUUUUGAUCGCUCUGUUCGUACGAGGUAUACUACUUCCCGGUGCGAAAGAGGGUAUACUGUUCUAUCUGACCCCCGAUUGGAGAAGAUUAAUGUCAGCCAAAGUCUGGGGUGACGCGGCUGUUCAAAUAUUCUUCGCCCUUAGUCCAGCCUGGGGUGGAUUGAUAACUUUGAGCUCUUACAACAAAUUCACUAACAACUGUUACAAGGACUCAUUGAUCGUAGCCGUCAGCAACAUCGGAACAUCCUUCUUCGCUGGUCUAGUCAUAUUCUCUGUUAUCGGCUUUCUUGCUCACGAACUUGACGUACCGGUUGCAUCUGUCGUAGAUCAGGGUGCUGGUCUAGCGUUUAUCGUUUAUCCCGAAGUAGUAGCACGUCUACCGGUUGCGCCACUCUGGUCAUUGUUAUUUUUCGUAAUGCUAUUGACCUUGGGAUUGGACUCGCAAUUCGCAUUAAUGGAGACGGUAACAACUGCGAUACUCGACGGUAUACCAGCAUUAAGGAAUUAUAAAUUUUGGGUAGUAUUGUCGGCAGCUGUUCUCGGUUAUGCCGGUGGUAUUAUAUUCACAACGAACGCUGGCAUGUAUUGGCUACAAUUGAUGGACAAAUACGCAGCUAAUUGGUCUGUCCUAUUGAUCGCCAUAAGCGAAUGCAUUUUAGUAGCAUGGAUCUAUGGCGCCGAUCGAUUUCUCGACGACGUACAACAAAUGAUAGGACCACGUGGUCGUCUUUGGAGAUUCUUUUGGACUUGGAUGUGGAAAGUUGUAACGCCUGCCGCCUUAUUCUUCAUUUUGUUCUUCAAUUGGGUCGAGUACGAACCAUUGAAAUACGGUUCUUACGUUUAUCCCAAGUGGGCCGACGCUGUUGGCUGGGUCGUUGGUAUACUGCCCGUUUUAGUGAUCGUCGGUUUGGCUAUUAGCCAAUUGAGAAAUACUCGUCGACGACCUACCUACGACGACGAUGACGACGAGGACGAUGAUCUCGAUGCAAGAGCUACCAAUAAAAGGGGUGGAAAGACGAAACAAAGCAAGAAUAAGAACAGAAAAGUCUGGUAUCGUGCAAGAAUGUUGCUACAGCCGACUUCAGAUUGGGGUCCUGCUGCGCCUAACGUUACGUUAACGCCAUCGAGGACGCUUACUCAUACACCGUCACCGGGGCCCCCAGGUGGUUACGAUUCCGUACGAGAUACAAUAGUCUUGGUGAACGGCCAACCAAUGAUGGUACAGCCAUCAUCCGGUGGUACUAGUACCACCCAAAAACUUCCCGGGCCUUCGAUACUCAAGAAUUCAAGCAAAACCGACCUGAUAACUUCGCAACAGGUCUGACACGACGUUCAUUUUAUCCUCGAGGACGAAUCCAUCCGGGAUUCUAUCGCCAUUAACACUACUAGCCAGUAAUAAUAUGUAACAAUUGUGGAUUCCGCGCUUAUACGAGAAGCUACAAAGGAGAAAAAUUAAAAAAAAAAAAAAAAAAAAACAAAAAUAAAAAAAAAUAAAUAAACAAA